AUGGCGUCACGAUGCCGACGACCAACAUAUCGCGUCCGCCAGAUACCUGCUCAUUGCGCUCAGUUUGACGAAGUGGCCAGAAUACUGAGUUAUGUCCUCGAUUAUCGUAAAGGAAUUACGGUCAGAUCGCUUGCCUCCAGCAUUGACUCGUUUGAGUCACCACCUACGAAAGUCGCUACCGUUGCGUUCGAAGAUUUGCCGCAGGCACUCCACGAUGCGAAGGAUCCCGGCCGUUCAGAAUGGUCAUUCGGAAACAAAAUAUUCUCCCACAAUCUCAUUAUUGAUACACACUUCCAAGGAUUUACCGUGCUGAACGAGGUGGAUGUGGAUCACCACCUAGUUGAUUGCAUUGCAAUCUCAGGGCUAGCGGGCCAUGCUUUCGGAUCAUGGUGUGCGCAAGAUCGCAGCGUGGACUUUAUGUGGCCUAGAGAUGCUCUACCGAAAAGAUACCCCCGCAUGAGGGUGUUGAUGUAUGGUUAUGACUCUCGUCUACCCAAUAGCGCAUCGUUUCAAUCCAUACCAGACAUAUCGCUGGGUCUUGUCGCUAAGUUGCGCUCAGUCGGCCUAGCAGAGCCCUCUACAAAGCCCAUACUUUUCCUUGCCCAUAGUCUCGGUGGGAUUGUGGUUAAAGAGGCGUUGGCGCAAAUUGCCAACUCGUCUCUUGAGGAAACUUGGAUGCCUAAGUUCAAGUGCGCAAUCUUUUUUGGCGUUCCGAAUCGAGGGAUGAAAAUUUCGCACCUGCUUCCCAUGGUCCAGCAUCAGCCAAAUGAGCCGCUCGUCAAAUCUCUUGCUGAAGGAUCUCCUUAUCUCGAAGGCCUCGAUGCACAAUUCUGUGGCAUAUCCUCCAUGCGCAAUAUCGAGAUCGUCUCCAUAUACGAGACUCAAAAGUCUCUCACACCAAAGCUUUUGAGCAAUGGACAAUGGAAAAAGGACGGUCCUCAUGAGAUUUUGGUCCAAUUGGACUCUGCGAUUCAGCGCGGGACCAGACCGGAAAAUAAAUACCCUGUCGACAAAGACCAUUCUAGCCUUGUUAAGUUCAACGAGACUGAGGCUGACCUGAGUGCUGUUCUAUUCUUUAUGCGAUCACUGUACCACACCCUGCAGCGCCGUAGUGACGGCAUUACUGUUGGCCAGCAUGUGAACGUGCUUCCGCAACACGAUCCUGCAACAGCCCAAGCUUCUGAAACAGCCAUGCCUUCGAAUUAUUUGGCUCACGAUCAAAAGCAACGAAUUCGUACGCAACCUUUCCCAUUUGCUUUUCCAUACUGCGCUUACCUGCAUGCAGUGCAAUCCGUAUUAGACAGCAUAUUUCUCGAGGAUACCGUAUAUCGCUAUUCCGUGGUCGAGAAAGCGCAUGAGACGACCCUUGAUUGGAUAUUCCUCAAGCCAGACCUGGGGAUGAUGCACUGGCUCCAAUGGGGACGUGGCAUCUUCUGGAUAAGCGGUAAGCCUGGAUCUGGUAAAUCCACGGCAAUGAAGCACAUAUACCAGCGACAUGUAGGAUCUCAAAGGUCGCCAUCAAACACGAUCACACCCCAGGAAGUUGUUGCACAGUUUUUCUUCUUUCAGCGAGGCUCCAUUAUACAGAAGUCCUUUGAAGGUCUUCUAAGAAGUCUCUUGCACCAAAUUCUGUCAAAGAUAGGCUUACUGACAGAAAAGAUAUUUUCGGAAUGGUUCGAACCAAACGUCAACAAUGUGCAAAGGUGGUCUUUGAAUAGCCUUGAUCGUGUCUGGGAUCGCCUUAUUGAGCAAAAGUGUGUGCCACUCAACAUCAUCCUGUUUCUUGACGCCUUGGACGAAUUUGAUGGUCCUGCCGAAAAGGUUGCGAUGUUCGUGAAAAGGACGGCCCGUGGGUCUCCAGGUUCUCAAACCAGGAUCCGUAUAUGCUGUGCCAGCCGACCUUGGGAUGUUUUUUCUGAUCACUUCAAAUCUUGUCAGACUUUCAACAUGGAAGAUCAUACAGAAGCAGAUAUUCGCCGAUACGUCAUCGAUACCAUUUCUACUCACGAGGCUAUGAAGCCUUGGUUUCAAUCAACAAUACAGGCAGAGAGGCAACCAAUUUAUGAUCUUAUAUCUGAGAUUCUUCAACAAGCUCAAGGUGUGUUCAUCUGGGUGAAACUCGUCCUCCAAGAUCUGCUUGAAUCAAGGACCGGAGGCGCUGACAUUGACGAGUUACGUCAAACAAUCCGCUCACUGCCACAUGAGCUAGAAGAUCUCUACCAGGCUUUGAUGGGGAGAAUCCAAAAGCCUGGAUUCUCCGAGGAGACAUAUGCCAUGUUGGAGAUUCUUGUCCGGUCGCCUGAGCCUUUGGAACUGAGACAAUUCGUCUGUAUUCUACGAUGUGCCACUGCUUCCAACCUCGAACAUGGCGUGCAGAGACUCCAGCAGCUCGGCCAAGAACUGUCCAGUUCCGAGGUUGACACAUUCCGGCGACGCCUAAGAAGUCACUGUGGUGGACUUGUGGAGAUUGUUGCGCGGCGGCAAGAAACCAAUACAAGCAGGAAUCAGCUAUACAAUGCUCCCGAGGUCAAUGUACUAGCACACGACUCAUUAGGAACUAGAGCCACCAGUGCGACAGGAGAAAAACGGAAGGAAUUUGCUACUUGUACUCGGCCUUCCAACUCACCCCAUGUGCGCACCACAACUUCCAAGUCAGAUGCAUUGAUGCCAUCGAUAACUCAUUUACCCUCUAAAAUACCUCCUGCAUCACCUCAGCCGCUCCAGCAUCUCGGUGCAGCACAUAUCCGCUCGCCAUUUAAGCCAUUAGGCCCGCCAUUUCCUCCAUCUUCAGGCGGUCCACCAUGUCCGCCCUCUCAAACGUAUCCGUUCUGUCCUGCUGUACCUUCUGGGAACUUGGUCUCUGGAUUAAGUCCUCCGGGGCAUGUUCAAUGGGUCGGGGAGCCCAACAAGGAACCGAAUCAUGGCUUUCCUCUUCAUGCUUCGUUCCCAAUCAAUGCUUCAGCCUCGACAGGAACACUCCCUAAUACUUGCGGCCAUGGAUACUACCUUCCAGCACCAGUCAAUCUGGUUCCCAACCCUUGCGGCCAUGGAUACUACCUUCCAGCACCAGUCAAUCUGGUUCCCAACCCUUGUGGCCAUGGAUACUACCUUCCGGCACCAGUCAAUCUGGUUCCCAACUCUUGUGGCCAUGGAUACUACUACCUUCCAGCACCAGUCAAUCUGGUUCCCAACCCUUGUGGCCAUGGACACUGCCUUCCGGCGCCCAUCUGGUCCACUGUACCUCCUUCCCACUGUGGAUACCAUCCUUCACGACCAUAUGCGAGGUUAGGGACAGGUCAAAGUAUCAAUGGCAUCCAGCAUGCACAGCGGUCAAACUCAAUGAGAGAGCACGAGCAAGGGUUGGAGCAAGGGUUGGAUCAAGCGAGGGGAUAUCCACCAGAGGUCCAUCACAGCCCCGUGGGCGGCCAGCAGAACGAGGAACCACAUUUACCUUGUAUGCGAUCUAGUGGACCUUUACUGACGCAGGACCUCAGCCAUUCAAACCGCGAUAUCCAAGCAUAUGAGAAAGAUCCGGUGUACAUCGUUCAACUCAUGCACCAGACAGUCAAGGACUUCGUUACACGGCCGGGAUUCAAGGCAUCCCUCAGCAUUGAUCGUAAUUUUACGAAGUACGAAAAUGGACAUUCGUUCUUUGCCAAAUUCGGCUUGACUCUGAUCGCAUCCAGUGUCGAGACUACACAAGCACACAGCAACAGCCGCAUACCUUGGCUAACCAAGAUUAUAGCGGAUAAUUUGUUUAGCUUGUGUGCGAAUUCUUUUCAUAAUGCGGAGCGCACCACUGGCUUCUCUCAGUCUGGACUGCUAGACAGCAUUGAUGACGCACAAUUCCAGUCCUUCUUCUCACAGCAAAGGUAUGAUGACGACGAGGAAUAUCGAGCUCUGAAUGACUAUCGACCGAGAAGGUGGCCGAUUGAUUCGCGGCUUUCUUUUGCAGCGAUCUUGCGCAUGCCGAUCUAUUUGAGAUCCAGACUCCUUCAAAAUAGCGCUGCGCCCGCUAGCGGGAAAGUCCCAAUCCUGCAUAGUAUCGUUGAGAAGUUUCACCACUCCCAGUGUUUUAAUCCGGUUCAGGUAACCAAGAUGAUGCUUCAACACGGAGCGAGUGUCCACGACACUUUCGAAAAUCUGACAGUUUUCCAGUCGCUGUUUCGUAUAAUUGAUCCAACCAUUGAUCCAGUUCCAUACAGCUCGUACUUCGGACAGCUGGCUAAGCUGCUGCUCGAGAAUGGAAGCGACCCCAAUUGCGACAUUUUCUAUUUGGCGGACAACCUCGAAUGGUUUCGUGACGAUCCUGAAGCAUAUACGUCUAAGGUUCUGCACCUUGUACUUGGCUCUUCUGAUAUGGUGCGCCUGCUCCUCGAACACGGUGCGGAUGUCAAUGGGAGAAAUGGACAAGGGGAGACACCUCUAGAUGUGAUGGUUAGAUGGAGUGCUGAAUUUUGCGUGAAUGGGUACGGCACGGACGACGAGCAGUUGAAAAGUGCGAUAGCACUUAUAAAGGCAGGUGCUAAGGUGACAAUGCGAUCGUUUAAGUGGAAAAUGUUUCCUCGAGAGCAGAACGAGGACGAGGACGAAGACGAAGACGAAGACGACUCGACACAUGAAGAGGCCUCAGCAGUCCAGAAGACCGCAGCAGGUGAACAGCACGACAGUGGUGCACAAGAAAGACAGACGGAAAAACAAGUUCUUCAGAGUGAAAACAUGGCCAUAAAUGGCGGGCCACCGUCGAUCGAUGGGACCACCCAGUCAGAUGUAGCUAUUCUGCGCUCAAGGCACUUUGUGAGAAAGCGAGACAUUGAAUUUCUCAUGGAAGAACUCGAGUCAUGCGAUGAUGGUCUGAAAAUAAGAGAUGUUGUGGCAGAGUUGCUCUUGCGUGACACACCCACGCCGGAACAGCGGGCUGAGACCUACCCGCGCCUCGGGAUUACGGCAUGGCAAUGA